UAGCAUCGUGGUAUAUCCCGACCAUUCUUCUCCGGGAGCGAAUUUCCGAUAUGAACGCAUUGGAUGGGCAUUGUGCCAGUCUGCUUGGACAUCUCGGUGUAGCAGCGGAUAAAUCUUUGCCUGUUGACGUUCAAGAUCUUUUCAAUCGCUUCACCCUGGACUCAAUUAGUGACUUGUUGUUUGGCUUCCCGAUGCGAGCAUUAGAACAUCAUUCCCAUGUUGAGACCCGAUAUCGCUCCUUCGUCCAGGCCUUCGGCAAGCUUCAAGAUAUUUGUGGCCGUCGCAUUCGGAUAGGAUCAAACUGGAGAAUCAUCGAGGCUGUGAGGCUAUUUGGCGAUCAGACAGUUCUUCCCGCGCGUAUUGUAGAUGAUUUCUUGAAGCCGGUCAUCUCGGAAGCCCAGAAAAAGGUGGAGGCAAACGGGAGAAUUGGAGAUCCUUCGAAUCUUCUCGAGUUCCUAGUGCAAGAAUGCGAUGAUUUGAAGAUCGUACGGGACACAUUGCUUUCAUUUUUCCUGGCGGGAAAGGACACGACUGCCUCCCUGCUUACAUUCACGCUCUAUGUCCUAACGAUGUACCCCCAAGUCAUGUCAAAAUUAAGGGCUGAAGUUGACGCCUGCGUCGGGCGCCACGGCUACCCAACAUCGGCAAAGAUACAAUCAAUGUUGUACCUUCGCGCAGUGCUCAAUGAGACACUUCGUCUGUUUCCUCCACUCCCUAUGAAUAUCAGACGGGCCGCGGUAUCUACAACCUUAUCCUCCCCACUGUCAAAGAUGGGGGACCUUCAUGUGAACAAAGGGACGAGUGUCACGUACUCGCCAUUUCUCAUGCAGCGACGCAGGGAUCUAUGGGGCGAGGAUGCUGAGGAGUUUCGCCCUGAACGAUGGCUCGCUGAGGGUUCUCCGACAUCCAUGGAAAGCUCGUUGCGUUCGAUUUUCGUGCCGUUCAAUGCAGGACAACGCCUUUGCUUAGGAAAGACGUUUGCAUAUCAGGAGUGCUCUUUCGUUCUGGUCAGGCUCUUGCAGAAUAUCGAAUGCUUCUCAUUCGCGGAGGAUGUGCAACCCAAAGAUUCACAACCACCCUCGGCUUGGAGAGUCCGGGGUGGGAGACAAAGCUUUGAACAAUGCUGGCCCACCUCUUCAAUUACACUCUAUGCCAAGGGUGGUCUGUGGGUACGAAUGAAACUACGGGAAUAACGUUGGAGAUUGUACUCCCUGUGUAUUCCUGUAAUAGCCCUACUGACCUCCAUCGCAGGCGACUUGAAUGCAUUGAACUGAGUCAGGCCUCUUCCCCUAUAAAUCCGAUGUUGGAUACGACAACAGGCUCAUUCCCACAUGGUAUAUGAGUGGGCAUCGGUAGC